GAUCGAUUAGAAGAUACCAAAGACAAAUGUAAAAACAGCAAAAUGAGUGACGCCAGUACAUUUGAAUGUGACGAAAAAUUUCUAGUGGCUUUUUGCACGUCAAACGCCACGCCAGUUGAGGGUUUUCGUCUCGCUGAAGUCGUGGUGCAGACACGAGCAACGAAGUCUGUCGCUAGGCUGCCUUCGGCACAUCUAGUCAAUGCUAAUUUGCGUCAUUUCGUUUUCGAAGUGCAUUGUUCGAAAAAUGUUUUGUACGUACGAUCGACGCUUAGUAUUUUUUAUCAAUUCAAGCUCUUGCCCUUUGCGACUGCUCAUUGUUACAACAGAAACGUCGGAACUUGGCCCGACGACACUGCUCUCCUCGAGAAACAUCAUCAUAUUUCGCAAAAAUGUCUCGUAUCAGCUGCAAUGAAAUCCAUAAUUUAAUGCAAAACUUAAAAAACGCCAUUAAGCCUUCGGUUCGAUUAUGAAUACAAAGAAUUUCAACAAGUUAUUUUGUAUUUCGAUGAAAUUUUUUGGGAAAUCAAUCAAGGACAUCCAUUAGAUUUUUUACCUUGGCUUUUGCCUUUUUACAUUUAUCACACGCAAAAAAUAUGUCAUUGGUCUUCCACUAUUCGCAAAUUUAUUUUGGAGCGGGUAAUUAAUGAAAGAGAGUUGCAUAUCGAUAUAUGUAGAUGAACCAGACAUUGAUUUUACAGAUGCGCACUUGAAGAGUCUUAUAGAAAAUAAAAACGUGUCACGUAAUACAAUAAUUUUUAUGCUAGAAGAUUUUAUAGGUGGUCACUCAGCUGUUGGAAACUUAGUUAUGCUAGCUCUUGCUUACGUAGCCAAGGAUCCUGUUAUAAGAAAAAAAAUUCAAUGCGAAAUCGAUUGUGUAUCAGAAAGCAGUCAACGAACUAUUACCUUACAUGAUAUGGAUAAAAUGCCUUAUACCAUGGCUACCAUACUGGAAGUCUUACGAUACUCAUCGUCACCUAUUAUUCCGCAUGUAGCCACAGAAGAUACAUCGAUAUUAGGUUAUGGCGUUACUAGCGGCAGUAUUGUUUUUAUAAAUAAUUAUGUGCUCAACAUGAGCCAUAAGUACUGGAAGGAUCCUGAUAGAUUUCAAAGGUUUUUAGAAGUGACUAGCAGUGUGUCAAUGCCACCAAAAUGCCAUGACAAAAGGAGAUGCUCGGAAGAGUCUGAUUCAGGUAUUGAGUUUGAAAAAGAUGCAAGAAUACACAAUUCUUCUGUUCAACAUCGAUAUAUAUAAGCUAAAUAAACAAAAAAUGAGAGAAAACUAUAAGCCAAAAAAAUUGCAACUUAAAAAAAAUAUUCCCCAUCUUUUGCCUUUUAGUUUUAGAAAGCGCACAUGCAUUGGACAAAAUUUAGUGCGUGGAUUUGGAUUUGUUUUGUUAGCCAAUAUAAUACAAAACUACAAUAUAAAUAGUGUUGAUCUUUCAACAAUUUAAAUAAAACCUGCUCUCGUAGCUUUACCUACAAUUUGCCUUCCGUUAGUAUUAAUGGUUGAAACACGUAUAUAAUAUUCAACAUACAUACAUACAUACAUUUAAUUUAAAUUGAAUUAUUUUAGUAAGGUAGUGCAAUUGUAUUUGUUUUAAUGCCUUUCUGUUUUUGCUCACACAUUUAAAGUAUUGCAUUAAGAAUUAAAGAAGCACAUUAAAUUAUUAAGGAUUAUAAAUAGCUUAUUAGGGAUUACCAUGAUUCACGUAAAGCUUAAAAGCAUAUUCUAUAAAUAUAUAUUCUAAAUAUUGUUCGAUAUAUGUAUGUCUAACAUAUAUAUAUUUAUUAAAAUAAAUAAUA